AUGUCCCUGCACGGCAAACGGAAGGAGAUCUAUAAGUAUGAAGCGCCCUGGACCGUCUACGCCAUGAACUGGAGCGUGCGUCCUGACAAGCGCUUUCGCCUGGCGCUGGGCAGCUUCGUGGAGGAGUACAACAACAAGGUUCAGCUUGUUGGUUUAGAUGAAGAGAGUUCGGAGUUUAUUUGCCGAAACACCUUUGACCAUCCAUACCCCACCACAAAGCUCAUGUGGAUCCCGGACACAAAAGGCGUCUAUCCAGACCUACUGGCAACAAGUGGUACCUCCAGCAUUGAUACAACUUGUACCAUCUGGGGGCUGGAGACAGGGCAGGUGUUGGGGCGAGUGAAUCUUGUGUCUGGCCAUGUGAAGACCCAACUGAUUGCCCAUGAUAAAGAGGUCUAUGAUAUCGCAUUUAGCCGGGCUGGCGGUGGUAGGGACAUGUUUGCCUCUGUGGGUGCUGAUGGCUCAGUGCGGAUGUUUGACCUCCGCCAUCUAGAACACAGCACCAUCAUUUAUGAAGACCCACAGCAUCACCCACUGCUUCGCCUCUGCUGGAACAAGCAGGACCCUAACUACCUGGCCACUAUGGCCAUGGAUGGAAUGGAGGUAGUGAUUCUGGAUGUCCGAGUUCCGUGCACGCCUGUCGCAAGGUUAAACAACCACCGAGCAUGCGUCAAUGGCAUUGCGUGGGCCCCACAUUCAUCCUGCCACAUUUGCACUGCAGCGGAUGACCAUCAGGCUCUCAUCUGGGACAUUCAGCAAAUGCCCCGGGCCAUCGAGGACCCUAUCCUGGCCUACACAGCUGAGGGAGAGAUCAACAACGUGCAGUGGGCAUCGACUCAGCCCGACUGGAUCGCCAUCUGCUACAACAACUGCCUGGAGAUACUCAGAGUGUAG